UGCAGGACUAAUAGGCCUGUUGCUCUGUGGCCUCCCACGGUGGGUUUGGUGUGUGCGCAUAACCUGAGCACAAGGCGCUCGAGAGCCUGACAGUCACAUUGAGUACUGAGAGAGACACAGAAAGGAGAAGAGUAGGCUAGUCUUGAGAGGACGUACUUAAUGCAGCACCAAAUCAUAGCGAAUCGGUUAUAAUUGUAGUCUAUCAGAAAUGCAUUGAGAUUUACUCGCGACUUUUAGGAGCUUUGGGAAUUAAAACGACACUCGCGCGCGCUUGCGGUUCAGAACGCUGGACAGCGCACUCGUUCGUUCCACUUUUUCUGGAGUUGAUAUAUGUAUUUUCAUAAGAAGACUAAGACGGGCAAAUUCAUGAGGAAUCAUGGACGUUCCGACGUGUUUCCGAUCACCGGGCUUGGGCGCACCUCAACGAGACUUCUGAAGUGAGACAUGGACUUGGCGGAGAUCCUGCUCGCACUUUUCAUCGUCGUGGUCGCGACGGUCUCCUUGUUGUCCAACUUGCUGGUCUUGCUAUGUUUCGCGCACAGCAGCGAGAUACGCAGGCAGGUGCCGGGCAUUUUCACGACGAAUUUGUCCUUUUGCAACUUGCUCAUCACCGUGCUGAACAUGCCGUCCACGCUCGUGGGGAUCGUAAAGGACCAACAGCCUUUCGGGGACUGCCUGUGCCGCGCGGUCAGCUUCCUGGACACGUUCCUGACGGCCAACGCGAUGCUGAGCAUGGCGGCGCUCAGCAUCGACCGCUGGAUCGCCGUGGUCUUCCCGCUGAGCUACUCGAGCAAGAUGCGGUGCCGGGACGCGCUGCUGAUGGUGUGUUACGCGUGGCUCCACUCGCUCGCCUUCUCCGUGGUGGCGCUGCUGCGCUCCUGGCUCGACUACAGCCGCGCGUACGCGUCCUGCACCUUGCGCCUGAACGCCGAGAGCUCCCGCACCGACUUCGCCGCCUUCACCGUGGCCUUCCACGGCGCCAGCUUUAUGCUCUCGCUGCUCGUGUUGUGCGUGACUUACUUAAAAGUGCUCAAAGUCGCACGCUUUCAUUGCAAAAGAAUCGACAUUAUAACCAUGCAGACGCUCUUCUUGCUUGUUGAUAUACACCCAAGCGUUAAACAACGUUGUUUGGCCGAGCAAAAGAGGAGGAAACAGCGCGCGACCAAGAAAAUCAGUAUAUUUAUUGGAUCAUUUAUUAUAUGUUUCGCCCCAUACGUCAUAACCAGGCUGACAGAGCUUCUUCCCUUUGUGGAUAUCAACCGAUACUGGGGCAUCAUCAGCAAGUGUUUAACAUACAGCAAAGCAGCAUCAGAUCCUUUUGCCUAUUCCCUCUUGCGCCAACAGUACAAGAAAGUAUUAGUGACAGUGUCCAAUCGCCUAUUGAAACGUGACUUAUACCCUUCCUCUGGACACAACAGCUCCCUGGAUACAGAAAAUGAUUACUGUCUCCAAAGAAUCAGCUAGUGGCAUUUUCUUUACAAAAAAAAAUCCUGAUGCUUUGAUGUCAAAGUAUAUAGGGAGAGAGACAAAGAGUGGGAACGUGAGAAAUAGAGAGAGAGAGAGAGAGAGAGAGAGAGAGAGAGAGACAGAGAGAGCGUGUUGUAAUGGUUAUCACUUGGAUAUAGCUGAAGAUGCUGACUGUUUGAUGCACACGUAGAUAUAUGCACCAGACAGCAGUGAUAAAAAUGGACAAAGGCAAUAUGUGAUUAACUGGCCAUGUGCUCUGUUCACAACACACACACACACACACACACACACACACACACACACACACACACACACACACUAACACCAAAGACAUCAGAACACGAUAAUUGAACCUCAGCAGACACACCAUCAUCUGCAAUGUCUGUGUUUUCUUUCCCCCAAGAUUUCAAACAUAAUUCAGUGGAAAAUGUCAUGUGAUAUGAUUUACCCUGAACUAUGUGCCAUGCGCACGCACGCUCAGUAUGUUAAUGGAAUUGGUGAACCUCUCAUAAUGGAUAAAAUGUUGUAUAAUCUUUAGAUGUUUCUACUGUUAGGCAGGCUGGUCAUUUAUAUAUUAUGAAAAUGGCUCUCAGUCUUAAUCUAGUGUGAAUUCAUUAUUAAUUCACUCAUUUAUAAACCCAGAUCAGUCACUGGAAAAUACUGCACUUUGUUCUUAUAAAUUAUUUGCUAUUAGUUUCCAAUCAGCCAAAGUUGAAUAUUACACUGUAGUACCUAGAACAGGUUAUAAGUGAAUGUACUAGAUUCUUUUUUACAGCAGCAUAUUAUGUACACUAUGUUGUGUUUUUACAGUUCAACAUAUUGUACAUACUUUGCACAGUAUAAAUUAAUUUAUAAUGUAAAAUCAAUUGUUUUUUCAGUAAGGCAAGUGUGUGGUAUUGGGAGUUAUGAACUAAUGAAAUGAUAAUGAAGUGCUUUAUACAGCCAUAUUUGUGCCAGCUUUGUUAUACCUGUACUGUUUUGUGAACAUGGUGAGCAAAGGAGAAUAUACACAAACCUAAAUUAAGCUAUGUAGUAUUUUAAUAAAUGCAUGCCGCCAAUAAAAAAAGAAAACUACAGUCACAGUGGCAAAAAAAAUACA